AUGGAAUCACCCUCUCGUCCACUCCCCACCAACCCCUCCUCCCGCUUCCAGCGCAGCGAAACCGAGCCCCCCGUCCGCCCCUCCGCGCGCCGGAGCGACACGUCCCAAACCGCGAUCCGCACCGUUGCGCCCAGCACCACCGCUGCCCCCGUCCGCCAUACUGCCGUAUCAGCCGUAAACGGAAACAGCUCCGCAGACCCCCUCGCAACACUCCCCCCACACCUCCUGCACACAAUGCGCGAAUCCUUCAGCGUACUCGACCGCUCGGCCAGCGGCGCCGUGACCCGCUCCGACGUCUCCGAGAUGCUCGAGCAGCUCGGACUCGACGCCUCCUCGGGGACACUGAACCAGUACCUUCCCAGCAACCAGAGCAUCAGCCUGGCGGCCUACCUGCACCAGCUCGCGGAGCUGUACGCCGGACUCAGCAGACCCGAGGAGCUGCGAACCGCGUUCGAGGCGUUUGAUACGGACGAUUCGGGCCAGGUUGAUGUGGGCGAGCUGCGGGAUGCGCUGUUGAAUACCCUGCCUGAAAAGGGGGAAAGGGCGUUGAGUGUGCAGGAGGUGGAGGCUGUGGUGGGGGGGUUUAGUGGGAGACGGGCGCUGGGGAAGGGGAUGAUGGGAAGAGGGUUGGGGAGUGCCGGGGAGAGAGGGGAGGUGUUUCGGUGGGGGGAGUUUGUUACCGCGCUGGGAGCUGGGGGCCCGGGGGCGGGACAGGAAGGGGGAAAGGAGGGGGUUGGAGUUUGA